UGCAAGCCCUCUGAACACAGAGCUGCUGCUUUUCAGAGGAGAAAUCAAAACAAGAUUACACGGCUUUUGGAAACACACAGGUACUGUGAUUUCAAAAUACAAACCCGUGUGGGGGCUGACUUUUCAUGAGGAAUCAUCCUCAGAAGAAUGAUUUUCCCUCCAUCUAGUGCCAGAGCUUCCUAGCAGUCCCCUUCUGCAGGGUUUUGCAAGGACAGAUCCAAAGUACACAACAUUUACUGAGUGCCUGCUUUCAAUAACUGCUUGGGAAACAAAGAUGACUAAGCUGUCACCCAAUGUUGCUUAAUCCAAGUGUGUAUAUAUAAGUGGAGUUGAAAUAUAACUGCAACUACUACCAAACGUCGAUGACAAGAAACUUCAUUUGAGAGCAGCCCUUCACGUUUAUAACUAAGAAGCCUGAAAAAUGAAGACUAAAAUGGAGUAUUCAACCACCAAAAUCUCCCCAGCAAAGAUGAACAGCUCAGCAGGCAAGGCUUUGGUAAAAUCUCCCAAGUUGGGAAAAUCCCAGCAGAAGGCUGAAGAAGUUUGCCAAAUGUACUUUAUGCAGCUACGUUCUGGCCUUAUAAAAAAGACAGCCUGUUAUUUUAAGAAAGAAACCACCAAAAGACAUUCAACAAGAAGAGCUGGAAAGUAUAAAGAACAUCUAGUAUUCACUGCCCGUCAUCAGCAGCUGGAACGGCCUGUGGAGGGCUUAGCCUUUGGUGUGCCUAUGGUCCAGAAAUGCUUUGGAACAACUGAUGUUCCAAGUAUCCAAGAAUAUUCUGCUUCCCUGAGCACAUACAAUGAUCAAUCUAUUACUUUCGUUUUUGAGGAUGGAAGUUAUGAGAUCUAUGUAGAAGACUUGGGAAAAGACCAAGAGAAAGAUAAGGUGUUAUUCCGUUAUUAUGAUUUCCAACCUCCCUCACGUGAAACAGGUGAUGCUGAUGAUGGCCAUACGUUAUUGGUAAAUCUGAGUCCUACAAAAGACAAAGACUUCCUGCUGCAUGCCAAUAACAAAGAACACUCUGUGGAGCUACAAAAAUGUGGAAAACCAUUGCCAGACCAGGCCUUCUUCCGCCUUCAUAGGAAGUCUUCCAAAUGUGUUUCAUUUGAAUGUAAGAAUGACCCUGGAGUGUUUAUAGGAGUAAAGGAUAACCACCUUGCUCUAAUUAAAGUAGAGGAUCAAACUGAGUAUUUUAGUACAGAGAAUAUCAUAUUUAAACUCUCUUAAACUUAAUGUUAUGGAAAGCUGUGGAUCUUGUGUUGGAUAACUCAAAUAGCUACCACUGGAGAAAUGAUCGAGAAAUAAAGAGGUAACAUUCAAGGGAAAUGGAGGGUAUUUAGUAUGCUAUGGAAUGUUUUUCUCAUUAUGUGUAAAUACUUUUUUAUGGUCUUUCAUUUCUGCAUUUUAUUUCCUUCUGUAUCAUUACAUAUUCAAUAGGAUAUUGCUAAAGAGACCUCAGAAGAGGUACAACCUGAACUUUAAUUUUUUCUACUUUCAGUACAGAAAGAACUUCAUAUUAGAGCUGAAACCUCUGGGGAGAAGCAAGGGCCUUAAUCCAAGUCUCAUUUUAGACAGGGAUCCAUUUUAAAGAGCUACAUAAAGACAAAAUUUUCCCUGGUUCCAAACAAUGAGUUCAAACACUAAAGCUAUUGGUGAAAAUACAACCAAAUCUAUUUGGACUGACCAUUUCACAACUGGAAUAAAACACCAAAUUUGUUUGAAGAUGCCCAAAACUUCAGAUACCUACCUACAUAGGUAGGCAGAUAAUAUAAAUAUAUGAAAUGACAAAGACAGUCAAAACAUUAAGAAAAAUAAAUCCAGUAUUUGUAAAGUAAAUAGUUUUGCCUCUAAUUGUUUGUAAACUGCUGAUUUUUUAUAGACUUAGUUAAGUUUAAGCAAAGCAUUCUUAUAUUAGGAAAUGAAAUAAAUUUUAGUUCAGACAUAUAAUUGAAAUCAUUAGGAAUAUCCAACAAAUUAAAACGUUUUUUUAAAAGCACUGAGACACAACUUAUUUUAGGACAUCCAAGUACCAUGGGAUCCAAGUACCACAGUGAAUUCAGAAAUCCUCUAAUCUACUACAGCCUAGAUAGGACACAGGAUUAUCAUCACAAUUUCAAUAACUGACUCUUCCUGAUGUUUGUAGUAUACUAUGUCCUUCUGACCCUAUUCUCCAGGGAUCUAUGACUUUUGAUAUACAUAUCACCCUGGACAAAAUUUCUUCUAAUACUUUCUUCCCAUGUAUACAAAUGUUUUUCUUGUCCAGCUUUCCGAUUACCCUACUUAUUAUGGCAUAUUUGUUUGACUUUUAUUACUUCUUUAUUCUUUUGACCAAAUGUGUUCUUGAUAUACCUUUUGUGACUCCUGAGCUUCAUUACAAAUCACUUGAUAUCUGGAUGCCAUUUUUAUUCUACUUCAUCUAUCUGAUGUUGUAGAAUUUCAUAUAAGCCUAUUAAAGAGCAAUAUUUUUUUAUUAAACAUCUUUGCAUUUUACAUUACUAAAGUAAUAAAAUUCAUACUCAACCAUAUAAUAAGAUUUUUCAACUACUAAAGGAAUAGUUUUGCUUAUUUUAAGGCCUUAAUUCUACUAUAAUUUUUCCUAGGCUUAACACUGACAAUAAAUGAUAAAACUAAUGACAAUACUUAUAAAACGCAACUUUUUCUGAAAGUGUAGGCUUUUUAAUUUUUAAUUGUUGAGAUCUAUUAGAUUAUAAUGCUGGUGGAACAUAAGAUUAAAAAGGCUGAGAAUUACUGUGUGAGGGUAAGCAAUUAUAAACAAUAAUAAAUCUUUCAUUACAUUGCCAAUUUUAUUAUUUUUUUUGUAUAUUGUUUCAAGUUUCUUUUUUUUUUUCAAUGUAUGAAGUUUAUUGUCAAAUUGGUUUCCAUACAACAUCCAGUGCUCAUCCCAAAAGGUGCCCUCCUCAAUACCCAUCGCCCACCCUCCCUCCCUCCCACCCCCCAUCAACCCUCAGUUUGUUCUCAGUUUUUAAGAGUCUCUUAUGCUUUCAUUGCCAAUUUUAUUAUGGAGACAAAAAUAAACGCAGAAUCUAUAAUAUCCGCUCUGAAAAACACUAAAUGUUAAUCAUAUGCAUCUCUAUGAUAUACUUAAAAUUAUUGUUUUUAAGUAACCAGAUAUAUCUAUUACAUUGUUUAAGUUCUUGAAUAAAUUAUAUUUUUCAAAAGUCUGUGAGGCCACGUUUUUAUCAUAAAAUGACUCAAUAUUCUGAAGUUUUUAAGUGAAAGUAAGUACACUUUACUCCACCAAUGUUGGUAUAUGGAGUAGGUCAUUUGUCUGAUAUUUUUGGUCAUUCAAAAUUAAGUAAGAUAUUUCAGAAAAGGGAUUGUCUUUUACACCUUUAUAUUCCCAGUGCCCAUCAUACUGGCCAGCACAGAUGAGCUAUUUGGUGACUUUUACCCCAAAUCAAACAGCCAACAUACACCUGCCAAAGGAAAUUUAACCUGACCUCUGAUCAUUUAGGUAUCUUUCAACCUGGUUAUCUUAUUUUUCAUGUUCAAUUCUCCUUUUCUAAAAAACACUUUGUACCAUCACUAUACUGAGUAUUAUUUGAUUAAAAUAUUUAAAUGUG